AUGAUGAAUGAAGAAGAGCUUCACGAACCAAUGCCUUGCGUCAUUAAAGAGUCUUUGCUGCAGAUAGGCAUUCGUGAAGGCUUAACAGAUCUCGAGCGAGAAAGGCUCGAUGAUUCUCAGAAGCCGGGAAAUGAAGGAAAAUCUACAAUGUCAUUAUCACCACCAGAUAUUAAAGUACUCCGAUUAUGUUUUAUGUAUAUCCGUAGAAUUGACAACCUCCAAUGCUACACAGGACUUAAAGAAUUGUAUCUUGCAAAUAAUUGUAUUACAAAAAUAGAAAAUUUAGCUGUUCUUACAUCACUUACUAAACUUGACUUGUCAUUUAAUCAGAUUAACGACGUUGAUGAUGAAGGUCAUCCAUUUAAUCCGUUUGAAGGCCUUACACCUUUAGUUAAUCUUGAAGAGCUUUCCAUAUUCAAGAACAAGAUCACUAGACUUGACGAAUUCCCAGAGUUGCCGAAGCUUAGAUUCCUUUCUCUCGGCAGAAAUAAUAUCUCCGAACUUAGUGAAGUACAGAACCUUUACAAAAUCAAAUCUCUCAGAAUCCUUACCCUUGUUGGCAACCCAAUUGCAUCUAAGGAUAUCUGUAAGUUAACGGUUCUUGCUUACCUCCAAAACCUUCACUUUUUGGACUAUGUACGUGUCACUAAGAACGAUAUCCAAGAUGCUCGUGAACGUCUUUCAGAUCAGCUCAAUACAUUGCAACAAGCUGAAGAUACAGAUAAACAGUACAAAGAUCGCGCUCGCGCCGAAGAAGCACAGAAGAAGACACUCAGCGAUGCAUUCCUUAUCAAAAUUUCCGAUCUUAAUACCUCUCUUUUCAAGGGAGAUAACGAUUAUCAAAAAUUAAAUACAAUUCGCGAGCUUGGUGAGCCAACAGCCCUAUUUACAGACGACAUUACCAAAGCAACAAAUGGAUUUGUUGCCGAUAUCAUCGCCCAAGCUCACUCCCUUAAGAUGGAAGAAGAAUUAUUUAAUUCCGCAUACAAGAAAGUCACAGAAGAGAACCAAUUACAGAUGAUCCAAGUUGUUAAGCGUCUCGACCGCAAGCGCCGCGCCUUCCUGAUCGAAGCAAGUAAGGCCGAGACCAUGAAUGAAGAAGAAGCCCAAUUAGAAGAAGACGAAUCACAGAAAAUCAUGGACGAAAUUACAAAAACAGAAGAUGAGCUGCUUACAAGCGAGUUCGCUCUUGUCGACAUGGUAGCGGAAAUGAUUAGAGCUUAUGAACUCGAACUUGAUGAAAGAAUUAACGUAAUUACAGAAAAAAUUGCACUUUUCUUCGGUACUUUGAGGAACUUGAACAGCGAAUACAACGAGAAAGUGAAUGAUAUAUGCAUGAAGUUAUGGGAGAGAUUCAAUCAGGGUGAAGCAGUCGAAGUUUCGGACGAAGUCAGAUCAAUUCUUGUAGAUAAGGAUGCAAUGACAUCCACUAUACAGGCUUCUAAUGAGCAUAGAAAUACAAAGAUCUACAAGAGAGAAGAAGGUAUAGGUAACGCUUACAAACAAAGAAUUGAUCAGAUGAUUUCGACAGCAAAGCAGAAUGACUUAGAAAGAAAUAGGAAGAGAGUAGCUGAAAUUACAAAGUAUAUCCAAAAUACAAUUGAAGCAAUCAAAUCUGCUGAUGGAGAUGAUUAUGAUCAAGAAUAA